CUAAACUUCCGGUGACGCCAUGUUGCGAGUUUGACGGAACAUCAUUUGUGUUAUUACUAAACUAUUUCCAUCAUUUUAGUUAUUCAUGGUUUGUAGGUGUCUAGAUAAAUUUUAAUAAUCAAAAUGACUGCGGAUAUGAAUAUGUCAUCCGUUAAUUUAAAAUGGGAUCCAAAGAAUUUAGAAAUCCGUACCAGAACAGUGGAGAAAACUUUAGAACCUUUAGUUAUUCAGCUUUUGAAUCCAAUUAAGGUUACUACUUUAGUAAAUACCAAAGGCCCUUCCAAAAAGAAGAAAGGGCGUUCCAAAAGAGCCCAUAUUUUAGUUGCAGCUGUAGAAAAAGCUACUGAAAAUUUUAUAACAAAAGGUGAAGAAAUUGCAAGGGAGAAUCCAGAUAUUCAACCAGAAAUGUUACUAGCAGUAGAUGAAGUAAAGAAAACUGGAGAUGUAAUGAGUAAAGCUUCUCGUGAAUUUGCUGAAGAUCCUUGUUCUUCAGUAAAACGAGGUACUAUGGUAAGAGCAGCUAGGAAUCUACUUUGUGCUGUGACUCGUCUUCUGAUUUUGGCUGAUAUGGUUGAUGUACACAGGCUCUUAAAAUCUCUUCGAUCAGUUGAAGAUGAUUUAGAUAAAGUGAAAAAUGCAUCUAGCCAGUCAGAGCUUAUGAAAUCAUUCCAAGAUUUUGGUAAAAAUACAGCAGAACUAAUACAGCAAGCUGCAAAACGUCAAGCAGAACUGAAAGAUCCUCGCCUGAGAGAUGAUUUGGCAGCUGCUAGAGCUGUUUUGAAAAAGAACAGCAUGAUGCUUCUAACGGCUUCCAAAGUUUAUGUACGACAUCCUGAACUCUCUGCCGCAAAAGAAAAUCGAGACUACAUAUUUCGUCAAGUUUGCGAAGCAGUGAAUACAAUUAGUGAUGUUGCUCAAGGUAAAUCUACUAGUGGAGCUUUAGGACAGCCUCCAUAUGAUGGUCCGGGUGAACUAGCAGCUGCAUUAGAUGAAUUUGAUGAACGAAUCCUGAUUGAUCCUUUGAUGUACAAUGAAGUUCGUACCCGUCCGGCUUUGGAAGAAAGACUUGAGAGUAUUAUCAGUGGUGCAGCAUUAAUGGCAGAUUCAUCUUGUACUAGAGAUGAGAGACGUGAACGUAUUGUUGCUGAGUGUAAUGCUGUGCGACAAGCUCUACAAGAUUUGCUGUCUGAAUAUAUGGCUAAUGCUGGAAGGAAAGAUAUGUCUGAUCCCUUGGAUAAAGCUGUGGAUCACAUGACUAGGAAGACUAAAGAUUUGCGACGUCAGUUGCGAAAAGCUGUUGUUGAUCAUGUGUCCGAUUCCUUCUUGGAAACUAAUGUGCCUCUCCUAGUUCUAAUUGAAGCUGCCAAGAAUGGAAACGAGAGAGAAGUAGAGCAGUAUUCUCAAGUUUUUACAGAACAUGCAAACAAAUUGGUAGAAGUUGCUAAUCUUGCCUGUUCUAUGUCCAACAACGAAGACGGAGUCAAAAUGGUUCGCUUUGCUGCAGCUCAAAUCAGUAAUCUCUGUCCUCAGGUUAUUAAUGCUGCCAGGAUUUUGGCUGCGCGACCCAGAUCGAAAGUUGCUCAGGAAAAUAUGGAUGCUUUCAAGGAAGCUUGGGAGAAUCAGGUUCGAAUUCUCACUGAAGCAGUUGAUGACAUUACAACUAUUGACGAUUUCUUGGCUGUUUCUGAGAAUCAUAUCCUAGAGGAUGUCAAUAAAUGUGUCCUUGCUCUACAAGAAGGAGAUGCAGAUACUUUAGAUAGAACUGCAGGUGCCAUCCGAGGGCGUUCAGCUAGAGUUUGCAAUGUUGUUGCUGCUGAGAUGGACAAUUAUGAACCUGGUAUUUACACUGAAGGAGUUCUAAAAGCAGUUGCUAUUCUCAAAGAUCAAGUCAUGCCAAAUUUUGCAUCUCGUGUAGAAAUAGCAGUCGAAGCAUUAAGUACAAAUCCUCAAAAAGAAGUUGAUGAAAAUGAAUUCAUUGAUGCUUCUAGACUUGUAUAUGAUGGUGUUAGAGACAUCAGAAGAGCUGUUUUGAUGAACAGGACUGCUGAAGAACUGGAUUCAGAAACGGAAAUUGAAUUUGAAGCUAAUACUUCUGAAACAAAGAGUAAAUCGAGUGCACAUACUGACUUUGAUGAAUAUCCUGAGAUUAGUGGCAUCAAUAAUACAAGAGAUGCAUAUCGAUACAUCUCUGAAGAAGAUAAACAGAAAAUCGCUGCUCAAGUUGAGAACUUCCGCACUGAAAAGAGCAAGUUUGAUAGGGAAGUAGCUAAGUGGGAUGAUACAGGAAACGAUGUCAUAGUAUUAGCUAAACAAAUGUGUAUGAUAAUGAUGGAAAUGACAGACUUCACGAGGGGAAAAGGACCCUUGAAAACAACAAUGGAUGUAAUUAAUGCUGCCAAAAAGAUUUCAGAAUAUGGUACCAAAUUAGAUAAAUUAGCUAGACAAAUAGCCGAUCAGUGCCCUGAAUCUAGUACAAAGAAAGAUUUGUUAGCCUACCUCCAAAGGAUUGCUCUGUACUGUCAUCAGCUCAAUAUCACUAGUAAAGUAAAAGCAGAUGUGCAGAAUAUUUCAGGAAGCCUUAUUGUAUCUGGCCUUGACAGUGCAACUUCGCUUAUCCAAGCUGCUAAGAACUUAAUGAAUGCUGUUGUUUUAACUGUUAAAGCUUCCUAUGUAGCAUCUACAAAGUAUCCAAGAAGUGUCCAAGUUGCAUCACCCAUCGUAGUGUGGAAGAUGAAAGCUCCAGAAAAGAAACCACUCGUCCGUCGAGAAAAGCCUGAAGAAGUUCGAGCCAAAGUGCGUAAAGGCUCUCAGAAGAAACACAUUGCCCCAAUCAAGGCCCUUAGUGAAUUCCAAAGUCCAGCUGAAAGUGUGUGAUUACCAGACUGUAUGUCGACUGAGUUCUCAGUGCCUACAGCCUCAUUUUUGUUUUCCUUACAAUAUGAGACGAGUUUGACUUAUCCAAUAUGCCUCUAGUGUCUUUCCACCUUCGCCCUACAGCUCAGAGAAGUAAACAGUUUUUAUCUCUGUAUUUCAAAGAACUUUUUCAUUUAUGGUAGCUAAAUGAAAAAUGGAUCUCCUGCUGUCAAUACCAGAACAUUGAUAGAAUCUGUGAGUUCUGCUUUUUCAAUCGUUGUACUUAUGUUUUUUGACUGGUUAGUUUGUAUUUUAUAAUUCUGAAUUUUAUAUAUAUUUUAUAUAUUUAUAUGUUAAUUUUAGAGUUUUAAUAUAUGCUUUACAUAGGAUGGCAUUCCUUUUUGAAGGGGGGGGGAGCAUUUUCUUUUCCUUUUAUGGCAUUUAAAAGUGUUUUCUGUACCACGAAAAUUUAGUAUCUGUGAGUAUCUUGUGCUGUGUUUCUCAUACAGUCUGGUGUGUAUGUAUUUUUUCAUAUGUUGUUACUCAAAACAUUAAAAAGAAAAUUAUCUGCCAUUCAUACUAUUGUAGCGUAUGUAAUAAAUAGCAAUAAAAAAUACUGUGUGUUAUUCAGCCAUUGUAAUGUCCUUUAUAGAAUUGAAAUUUGGCUGUUUCAAUGCUUUGUGUAAGAUUUUUUUCUUCUUUUUUUUACAUUUAUAGCUUGUUUUUUUUAUGUUUAUAGCUUUAUAUAAAUCAUAAUUUUAAUCUUUCUUAUUAUUAUUAUGGUUAAGCUUUUUUUUAAUGGAGCUUUUGUUUUAUAAGAAUACUCAGUGUCAGUUUGAGAGAAAAAUUCUUGUAUUAUUGUAAAUUAUUUGUAUCUUUUCCUUUCAGUUCAUGCUGUUGGGCUAUAUAUUUAACUCUGUACAUUUGUUUUUAAAAAUACUCAUUUGUAAAUUUCUAAACAGUCAAAAUGAAUGCAUUAAAAUUUCUGAAGAUAUGAAAAUUUUUAUGGUUCUCCUUGGCAAUUUCAUCCUUGUAUUUAAAAAAUCGAUGAUAAAUUUUGAAUGAAUAUGAUAGAUAGAACUUUAAUCUUUUACAACUUUAAUCAACUUUUUUUUACUAUUUUAUUGAUUUCAUUUCUUUUUCUUGUUUAUAUAUAUGCUUAUUAGAGUAUAUUUGCAUAAAAUGAUUUUAAUUCACAUUCCAUCUUCUUUAUCGCUAACAAAUCUAUGAUCUUUGAGAUUUUAAUGCAGUCUUUCUUUUAGUUGAAAGCGUUGUAUUUUUAUUUGAAUUUUCAUCAAUGAUUUAUUGUAAAAUUAAUUUUUCAAAUUUUGACACACAGUGGAAAAAAUGUUAACCCUGUGAUUUUUAAGUAAAUUUUAAAGAUUGAACUGAGUAGAAAGUGUGAAGUGAUGAAAAAUGAAUUGUAUGAAGUAUGAAAAUUUCCAAUAAAAAGU